AUGGUCAUAGCCUCCAAGAAUGUGGUUGAGCCAGUGUUCAUCGUCUUUGCCUUCACGGCAGGAUGUCUCAUCAACAGACGACGAAAUGGCCAAGUUUCUUACACCGAUCUCAGCGAUGUAGAGUCAUGCCAACCUAAAUCCGUUGACUCGCCUCCUCUCAAGCCAGUUCUGCUACAGUCCCAACGCAAAGCUCCCAAUAUCUUUUUCGUCCUGCUAUCUCGUUUCUUCAACACAUUUCCGUUUCUCAUCGAGAUCUGGUACUGGAACUUGACAUACUGGAUCUAUCAAGGGCUGCGAGCGCUCUCGGCCAGGAUGAUCGCAGGCAAUGAGGCAAUCUUCACCCGUGCCCAAGACCACGCUCUCCAGAUUCUCAGUUUCGAAUCCCUCUUCGGCCUCGACAUUGAGCAGCAGUUUCAGUCAUACAUAAUGCACAAACAAUCAUGGCUGAUGCCCAUCCUUGCCAAGAUCUACUACUCUCACAUCAGCGUCGGCAUCCUGUUCCUAAUCUACAUAUACACAUAUCUCCCGCCCUCGACCUUCCAACGCAUUCGCCGUACUAUCGCCGUGAAUAACGCCAUUGCUUUUGUCGUCGUCACUCUCUGGCGAUGUUCACCCCCGCGAUUGCUACCCCAGGAAUAUGGCUUUGUCGAUGUUUUACACAGUAAAGCUGGAGGUGCCAAUGUCUGGAACAACAACCGCUUUCAGUUGACCAUCGCAGCGAUGCCAAGUCUACAUUUUGGAACGUCGCUCUUCUUCGCCAUUUGCAUCUGUACAUUCUCUCCUCAUCGGUUCAUGCGUCUCCUCGCCCCUUUGUGGCCGACUGCCAUGAUCAUCACCAUUGUUGCGACCGCAAACCAUUUCCUUACUGAUGCUUUUAUCGGCGCUCUAGUUCCAUUGCUUGGAUGGCGUAGUAGCCACGCCGUGCUUGUUCUGAAACCAGUUCAGGAUUAUGUAUUUGCGCCGUUGGUUAACAGGCUGGACCUCGUCGACCAUAAUGCGCGAGUUGUCCCAAAGACUCUAUAA